GCUAUGUCCCGUGGUCCAGGAGUGUCAGUUGAGUGCGGUGGCCCCAGCUCACAGUCCAGAGCAGGAGCUGGCGGCCUGAGACACUACUUCUCCUCGUUUGGUGGCACCGAUUGCGGGACAGUGCCUCUCUGGCUGGGCCCUUCUGGGGCAGAGGGGCUCUGACAACCAGCCCGUGGCUCUCACAGCAGCAUGAGGGGAUGCACUGAAGCUUGAGCUUGCUGGUUUUAGUGGGCCAGCCACCUGCUCUCUGACCUUGGUGUGAAUCUGAUGGGGAUGGGAGAUCUGACUGCCUGAUGGCGGAAAUGAGAGGGGGGAGAAUCAUAACCCAGUUUUGUACUGCAGGCCCGAUGAAUAUCGUGACUAUACUAAGAAAAUUUUGCAAAAUGAAAUCAUCUAAUAUCAACAAAGACUACAAGGACAACUGACAUUGAAACAACAUAUUUUUGUUCUAUAGUAUUGUUCCAAUGACUGUCAGCAAACUGAGAAAAGUUACACAGUUGCUGCAGUUUUCAUAAACAUCAUGUCUCAGAAUACUGACAAUUCUUAUAAAACUAGUUCACAUUUAAUGGGAACACCUUGCAAAGACAUUUUUUUAGAUUUACAGACUGCAAAAUUUGAAAAUCGAUGCUGUGGUCCCAGAUCAAUUCAAGGCCUUUCAAGUGUUGCAGAUAAUCUGGAUGUUCCUUUAGGUCCAUCCUCACCUAUUAUACACCUGAGAUCACUGGUACAUAACAAAAAUCUAUUGAAAUAUAUGAAUGAUGAUAGACUCAAGCAGUCGCCUUUCUGUGACUUAAUUAUCAUGGUAGAAGGAAAGCAUUUUUGUGCCCAUAAGGUGGUUGUUGCAGUGGGGAGCAGUUAUUUCUAUGCUUGUUUAAGCAAAAACCCAAACAUGGAUAGUAUCCAAUUGGACCAUGUAAGUUACUAUGUUUUCCAUCACUUGUUGGAGUUUCUAUAUACGUCUGAAUUCUUCAUACAGGAAAAUGAUAUCCCAUCAGUUUUGGAAGCAGCACAGUUUCUCGACAUUAUAGAUGCAGUUAAAUUAUUGUCUGGUAAUGAAAAUGUCUCUCGGUCAACCCAAUCAGAGAGUUCCACUGAAAACAAUCAGUGUUUGGAAGAAAAGAAUUCUCUUGAACCUGCUCCCAAAUUACAAAAUGUAUGUACCUUCUGCAGUAAAAGUUUCUGUUAUAAAAAAUCCUUAGAAAACCAUAUUGCUAGAGCUCACAGUGACCAUGCUCAUGUGCAACAAGAGAGUGCUGUUUCAACAAAGUUGGCACGUUCCACGAGGAGGUGGUCAACUCGCACUCGUAAGUGUCCAGCAAAAUUUGAAAGUAAAAGUAACAAUGAAGUCACAGAUAUCUCUGAAGAUGAAUCUUCCAGUAAAAAUGGGAGUGAUGCAGAGAAACAUGAUGAUUGUGAAGCUAUCGAAAGUGAAGAUGAAACGGAAGGAGUUGAAGUAAAAUUUGAGGAAGAAUUGGAAAAGGAGGAAGAAAUUGAAAGAGAGGAGGAAAACGAUGAAGAAACUGAUGAGGAUGAGCCUCUGGAUGCAGAAGAAAUUGAGCAAAAUAUUCCCAGGGAACUAGAUCCAGUCGUAUCACAGACUGGCAGCAAGAAAACACUUCAUUGUCCCAAAUGUGAUAAAACAUUUGAUCGAAUAGGAAAAUAUGAAUGUCACACUCGUGUGCAUACUGGAGAAAAACCUUUUGAGUGUGAUAUUUGUAGUCAGCGUUACUCUACCAAAUCCAACUUAACUGCACACAGAAAGAAACAUAAUGCGCAAGUUGCUAUUCAAAGAAAAGAACAAAAAUGUCCAUUCUGUAACAAGCUACAUGCCAGCAAAAAAACAUUGGCAAAGCAUGUGAGGAGGUUUCAUCCAGCUAAUGUACAAGAAUUUUUUGCUGCCAGAAAGAAGAAGAGUGAAGCCUGGAAGUGUGACGUAUGUAACAAAACUUUCACAAGGAGACCUCACCUUGAGGAGCACAGGAUCCUUCACACGCAAGACAAACCAUUUAAAUGUAGUUAUUGUGAAGAACAUUUCAAAUCGAGAUUUGCAAGACUUAAACACCAGGAAAAGUUUCAUUUGGGGCCAUUUCCAUGUGACAUUUGUGGUCGCCAGUUUAAUGACACUGGGAACCUUAAGCGUCAUAUUGAAUGCACUCAUGGAGGAAAACGAAAGUGGACUUGCUUUAUUUGUGGGAAGUCAGUAAGGGAAAGAACUACAUUAAAAGAACACCUUCGUAUCCAUAGUGGGGAAAAGCCACAUCUGUGCAGCAUUUGCGGACAGAGUUUCCGUCAUGGUAGCUCAUACAGACUACAUCUUCGGGUACACCAUGAUGACAAGCGAUAUGAAUGUGAAGAAUGUGGGAAAACCUUUAUUCGCCAUGAUCAUCUCACAAAACACCGAAAAACCCAUUCAGGAGAAAAAGCCCAUCAAUGUGAAGAAUGUGGAAAAUGUUUUGGCCGUCGGGAUCAUCUCAGUGUUCACUACAGAAGUGUCCAUUUGGGAGAAAAAGUCUGGCAGAAGUAUAAAGCGACUCUUCAUCAGUGUGAAGUUUGCAAAAAAGAAUUCAAAGGGAAGUCAAGCUUGGAUAUGCAUUUUAGGACACAUUCAGGUGAAAAGCCCUAUAAAUGCCCAGUUUGUAACCAAGCAUUUCGAAUUAAGAAGACAUUGACAAAACACAUGGUUAUUCAUUCAGAUGCUCGUCCCUUCAACUGUCAUCAUUGUAAUGCAACAUUCAAAAGGAAAGACAAGUUAAAGUAUCAUAUGGAUCAUGUUCACAGCACUAAAUCUCCAGAACAAUCAAUUGUGACUGCUUCUGAAGUGAAAAUGGUAUCCCAGCAAUUGCUAUUUACACAAGAUGGCAAAAUGUACGAAACUGAAGCAAAAUCUUAUUUGGAUCAAAAUAAGGUUUACCAAGGAGAUGGCAAAACGACAAUUCAGAACGUUCAUGGAGAUGUGACCCUUGUGCCAGUACAGAUUGCUGAUAGUACUGUUCAGUCUGAUGCAGCUCAACAUGCUGCAACCUUGGCACCACAAUCUCAUGAACUCCUUCAUUCCCAACAGCCUCAUCAGCAGCCUGAUUAUCAAAGAGCUACAGAUCUUGCAUUUCUAGAGAAGUAUACCCUUACACCACAACCUGCCAACAUUGUGCAUCCUGUUCGUGCUGAUCAAAUUAUAGAUCCAAGAGAGCAAUCAUAUCUUGGGACUUUACUUGGACUUGACACAGGUACACCAGUACAAAGUAUUUCCAAUGCAGGCCACUAAUUGCAAUGAACAGUACACCCUUUGUGAUGGCAUUAUCUUACACAAAAAAGUAAAAGACAAGUUUUUAUGUCAAAGCUAAUUUUAUAUUGAUUCCAAAUUAUGUAGUAAAUUGGUAUGCUUUCCUUUAAUUAUCCACAUUUUGGGAUCCUGGGUAUGUUUUAAUGUAUUUUUUAUGUUUACAUUUGCUUCAGGUCUUUCCAGUCUGAUUACUGAGGGACAAUGCAAGGCUUGUAUAUAACUGAAAUUAUGCUUUGGCGCGGUACAGAUGACUUGAAUGAUUUUAAACAUUAACCUAUUCAAAUCCAAAGAUUAAUAUUGAAAAUUAUUAAA